AUGCACAGAUCAAAAAGUAAAGACCGUGCGACGGCGCCAGGCCCAGCCUUUAUGUCUUCGAAGCAAAUGGCAAACUACCUACACGACCUUCGUAACAACCGCAUUCCAAGACCGAAUGGCUCCAGACCGCCUCCUCAACAAUUCGCAUCGUGGUCAAGCAGGACUACCUCCCAAGCAGUAGAAAGCCCCGCUGUUUCUCCCUCCUCUCCUCCUACGGCCAACAAUUCUAUACCCGAGACCGCUUCAGUACCCCCGCGCUGUUCUAGUGCCCAAUCCCACAAUCGAACAAAUUCAGGAAUGAGUCUGAGGGAGUCUUUGGCUGGCCGCCCUUUGAUACCGGAGCCUCGGCUUCGAGACAUCUCGACUACUACAACUGAUAGCAGUCGGACGGCGAGCAUAGCGUACAAGGAGAAUGGGCACCGACAGGUCGAGAAGGAGGAGGCACGGGCUUUGAGACUGGCUCUCGAGGUCAUUGACUUGGAGGGGGAGCAAGGUCUAUACAGCGCUGCUCGUGAUGAAGCUGCUGAGCUGGUGUGGAAGCAUCAGAACCUGGACGCGCCUUCUGUCGAUCCCAACGCACCAUACCAGUACCCCGGUCUUACACGGACUUCAAGCCAUAAGAGGAGCCGAAGCUUGGGCAGGACAUCGCGAGAUCUACAGCGAAGCAACUCCAAGACCAGAAAUCGAAACUCGACCGGCUCGACCACAUCAGCAGGCAGUCGUAGCAGUAGCCGCAACAGUAAGAGGGUCCCCAGCGACCCUGCCAUGGGUACACUGAAAGAGGGAUCAUCGGAAGAUUCAAUCGAUAAUACCGUAACGGAUGUCAGGGGUAGACAGUCACUGAAGGAUACCGAGAUUGAAUCGAAACUAUCGAGUAACCCGCCCUUCUCAAUAAGCGACCCAAAACAUCGUCGACGAUCCAGUGGUGCGAAGCGUAACACCAGUGGCAGUCUCUUCAGAAACCCUGACGAUCAGAUCUACGAGGAGCCUGAGGAGGAGCAGCCGCCUGCACCCGAGCCUAUCCUAAACAAGGCUCCAACAACUCUGCCGCUUCAAGUUCGUCGAAAUCCGUUCACGAGGGUCCAGUUUGCCAAGGAGGGCCUUAUCAGGUCCAACACUGAUCCCACAGUUACCAUGACGAGGUUCGACCGGUUCGAAAUCCAGAAAAAUCCACCCACUCAAUCGCGCAAUGCUGCGUAUACAUCCAACUCUUUGCCCACCGAGCCCCUGAAACCCGUGGAGAAGGCCAACACCAGAGAUGUUGUAGAAGAGAUAAAGAUGAAGGACGGGAAGGAGAUCAGGAGUGAUGAUAUCCGGGCAGCGACUAGCAUGAAGCUUAAGGAUAGGAGCCCGAAGCUUCCAACACCUACACUCGUCAGCGAUAGUCCAGGUCGACCGAUCGUCUCUUUCAAGAAAGAUGACGUGAAGCCAAAGGAGAUCGAGCUGAAGCAAGAGCAGUCGACUCUUCCUCCUAUUACCGAUGGUCUACCCCCUCGACCAGAUCCCGCAGGUCGCCCUUUCGCCAAGGCUGCGACUCUUCCGGUGAUUCCUACCAUCAACUUCCCAGAUGAAAACGGGGCACGCAAUCAAAAGACAUCGCCGCCAAUCCCUAGUAUCAGCAUCUCUCCGACGCCUCCCAUCCCUACCAUAAAUGUGAAAACCGCACCGCCACCUCCGACUAUCAAUGUCCAGCAGCCUCCUUCAAUCACGCGAUCUACACGACCUCUCCCAACUCCAAGAGCCAACCCAGGCCGCCCUGUGCCGCACUCAGUGGGCACCGCUCCGCCACCGACCCGUUCCCACUGGUCUCCCGCCGCCCCUCCCCGAACAGGUGCCCUAUGCUCCCAAUGCGCCCUCCCCAUCGCCGGCCGCAUCGUCAGCGCCGCGGGCUCCCGCUUCCACCCAGAAUGCUUCGUCUGCCACUACUGCGGCGAGGGCCUCGAGUGCGUCGCCUUCUACCCCGAGCCCGAGAACGCGCGCGCAAUCCGCAUCGACCGCAUCCGCCGCCGCCAGGCCGGGGAGGACAUCGAGAUUGGCGAGGGCAUCUCCGAGGCUGACGACGGCGACGAGAGCAUGCGCUUCUACUGCCACCUCGACUACCACGAGUUCUUCAGUCCGCGCUGCAAGAGCUGCAAGACGCCGAUUGAGGGCGAGGUGAUUGUGGCGUGUGGGGCGGAGUGGCACGCUGGGCAUUUCUUCUGCGCGCAGUGUGGUGAUCCCUUCGACUCUACCACGCCCUUCGUGGAAAAGGACGGCUACGCCUGGUGUGUCGGCUGCCACACGAACCGCUACUCGACCAAGUGCAAGAAGUGCCGCAAGCCGGUGACGGACAUGGUCUUGAAGGCGCUCGGGGCGGAGUGGCACGCGCAGUGCUUUUGCUGCAUGGUAUGUCUACGUCCCCUUCCACACCUUAUUUUACGCAAAAGAAACUCAAAGUCUAAUGAACUGGAACAACAGGAAUGCGGCGGCCAGUUCGACGACGGCCGAUACUUCCUCCGCGGCAAUAGCCAAGACCCGGUCUGUGUGAGAUGCGAGGAGCGGAGAUUGAAGGCGUAAGAAAGGAGGGUAGUUUCUGAGCAUUCCGGCUCCUGCAACUUCUCUUUUGUCUUGGUAGGUGCGCGGUGCAUAGGAGUUAGAACUCUGACGAGCGAACGAUCGUGCUUUCCUUUCCUUUCCUUUCCUUUCCUUUUCCUUCUCCCGUUCCUUCAGCAUCAGCAUACCUCGGCAGCGUGGGCAUAGCAAUAGGCGCAAAGCAAGCAUAAUCAAUCGAACCUAGCAUGUUCUAGCAUCCUUCUAUU